GGGUCUACUCAACACAGCGAUGAGAACAUCGCUCAUAUUGCGCCUCUCUUACACCAUCGUGUAUUUAUCUCAGACUUAUCGUUAAUUACCCUCAUUCCUCCUCCAUCUCGGUCAGUGUUUCAGCACUGCAGCAUCGGUGCCUGUGCAUGUGAGCCGCGGGAGUGCCGCAGGACACCGCGCUUGAGACCCGCACCGCACCGUACCGUCACGCCACAGGACAUUCGUCUGUCUCCACUCUCCAGUACAACCACAACAUGAGUCGGAGCUUCAGCCCUGACAUCUGAGGCCGGAGCACGGGUCUCGACCACCGCAGUAUCGGGACUGCCAGAUUCAGUUUCGUGGACGACAUCACGCGCUGAGCCUGAAUGUCAAAAAGCUCGGCAGAAAGUCAGAGCAGGGGCGGCUCCGUCCGAGACGUGAGGAUGGCCUCUUCCAACAAUACCUCACCCGAAGGAGGCUCUCCACCCCACCAGAACCGCAUCCGCCAGUCGGACAGUAACACCAGCUUCCUGAGGGCAGCCAGGGCAGGUAAUAUUGAAAAGGUGCUGGAGUUCCUCAAGAGCGGACAGGACAUUUCCACAUGCAACCAGAAUGGACUCAAUGCGCUCCAUCUAGCAGCCAAAGAGGGUCACGCGGAGCUGGUGGAGGAACUUGUGGAGAGGGGUGCGAGCGUGGACUCUUCAACCAAGAAAGGGAACACAGCAUUGCACAUUGCUUGUCUGGCUGGGCAGAAAGACGUUGCGAAGUUGUUAGUGAAAAGAGGAGCGGAUGUAAACUCGCAGUCACAGAAUGGCUUCACUCCACUUUAUAUGGCUGCUCAAGAGAAUCACCUGGAUGUUGUGCGAUAUCUUCUGGAGAAUGGUGGAAAUCAGAGCAUGGCCACAGAGGAUGGCUUCACUCCUCUGGCCAUUGCUCUGCAGCAGGGUCAUAAUCAGGUGGUCUCUCUGCUGCUGGAACAUGACACAAAAGGUAAAGUCCGCCUGCCUGCGCUCCACAUUGCUGCCCGCAAGGAUGACACCAAGUCUGCUGCUUUGCUGCUUCAGAACGACCAUAAUGCUGAUGUCCAGUCUAAGAUGAUGGUCAACAGGACUACAGAGAGUGGCUUCACUCCUCUGCAUAUUGCUGCUCACUACGGUAACGUUAAUGUGGCCACGCUGCUGCUCAACAGAGGGGCUGCUGUAGACUUCACAGCAAGGAAUGGUAUAACCCCUCUUCAUGUGGCCUCCAAACGAGGAAAUACAAACAUGAUUGCUCUGCUGUUAGACAGGGGGGCUCAGAUUGACGCCAAGACCAGGGAUGGGCUGACACCGCUGCACUGUGCAGCCAGAAGUGGACAUGACACUGCAGUGGAAAUACUGCUUGAAAAAGGAGCUCCCAUACUGGCACGGACCAAGAACGGCCUGUCCCCGCUGCACAUGUCUGCUCAGGGUGAUCACGUUGAGUGUGUUAAGCACCUGCUGCAACACAUGGCACCGGUUGAUGAUGUCACACUGGACUACCUGACUGCCCUUCAUGUUGCCGCCCACUGUGGUCACUACAGAGUCACAAAAUUACUGCUUGAUAAGAAAGCGAAUCCUAAUGCCAGAGCACUGAAUGGCUUCACUCCUCUGCAUAUUGCCUGCAAAAAGAACAGAGUGAAAGUCAUGGAGCUGCUGGUUAAAUAUGGAGCCUCGAUUCAAGCUAUCACUGAGUCCGGCCUGACCCCAAUCCAUGUUUCGGCAUUUAUGGGACACCUCAAUAUUGUUCUCCUGCUGCUACAGAAUGGAGCCUCACCUGAUGUCUGCAAUAUUCGUGGCGAGACGGCAUUGCACAUGGCUGCAAGGGCAGGACAGAUGGAGGUGGUGCGAUGUUUGUUAAGGAACGGCGCUUUGGUGGAUGCCAUGGCCAGAGAGGACCAGACACCCCUUCAUAUUGCGUCUCGUCUGGGUCAGACAGAGAUUGUGCAGUUGUUACUGCAGCAUAUGGCUCAUCCUGAUGCUUCCACCACUAAUGGAUACACACCUCUGCACAUCUCCGCUCGUGAAGGUCAGAUGGAGACGGCUGCAGUGCUGCUGGAGGCUGGAGCAUCUCACUCACUCGCCACCAAGAAAGGUUUCACUCCUCUACAUGUUGCUGCUAAAUAUGGUAGUCUGGAUGUGGCAAAACUCCUCCUUCAGCGGAGAGCACUUCUUGAUGACACUGGAAAGUAUGGUCUCACACCACUGCAUGUAGCUGCUCACUAUGAUAACCAGCAGGUGGCGAUGAUGCUCUUGGAUAAAGGGGCCUCACCUCAUGCUACUGCUAAGAAUGGCUAUACACCUCUCCACAUUGCAGCAAAGAAGAACCAGACACAGAUUGCCUCUUCGCUGCUUCAGUAUGGAGCAGAGACCAAUGCAUUGACUAAACAGGGAGUGAGUCCUUUACACCUGGCAUCCCAGGAGGGAAAUGCAGAGAUGGCCUCCCUGCUGCUGGAGAGGGGUGCACAUGUCAAUGCUGCCACUAAGAGUGGCCUUACACCUCUACACCUCUCUGCUCAGGAAGACAGAGUGCAGGUGGCUGAAAUACUGGUCAAGCACGAUGCAAACGUAGACCAGCAGACCAAAUUGGGCUACACUCCUCUUAUUGUUGCCUGUCACUAUGGAAAUGUCAAAAUGGUUAAUUUCCUUUUGCAAAAUGGCGCUAAUGUCAAUGCAAAAACUAAGAAUGGCUACACACCACUUCACCAAGCUGCUCAGCAGGGAAAUACACAUAUUAUCAAUGUCCUGCUGCAGCAUGGAGCCAAGCCUAAUGCAGUCACUAUGAAUGGGAACACAGCACUCUCUAUUGCUAAGCGUCUGGGGUACAUCUCAGUUGUGGACACUCUGAAAGUUGUUACUGAGGAAAUAAUCACAACGACAACCACGGUGACAGAGAAACACAAGCUGAAUGUUCCAGAGACAAUGACAGAAGUUCUGGAUGUGUCUGAUGAGGAGGGUGAGGACACAAUGACAGGUGAUGGAGGGGAGUACCUGAGAGCAGAGGACCUGAGAGAGCUUGGUGAUGACUCUCUACCUGGACACUACCUGGACGGCAUGAGCUACACCCAUAACUUAGACCGGUCCCAUGAGACCCCCAGUCAUCUUGCUUACAGAGGUGAAGGAAUGCUGAUUGAGGAUAUGAUCACCAGCCACCAGCUUAAUAAGGUUUCUGCAUUCUCUCGAGAGCAUGAUAAGGACUCAUAUCGACUGAGCUGGGGUGCUGAACAUCUGGAUAAUGUGGUGCUUACUAGCACUCUUCUGCAGUCAGGCCGAUCAACCCCAUGCCUUGACAAUGACAACAGCAGCUUCCUGGUCAGUUUCAUGGUGGAUGCCCGUGGUGGUGCCAUGCGUGGCUGUCGUCACAAUGGACUACGCAUUAUUGUGCCACCCAGAAAGUGCUCAGCACCUACACGGGUCACAUGUCGUCUGGUGAAGAGGCACAGGCUGGCCUCUAUGCCCCCUAUGGUGGAGGGAGAGGGGCUCGCAGGCAAGCUCAUUGAAGUUGGACCCACCGGAGCCCAGUUUCUUGGUAAACUCCACCUCCCAACAGCCCCUCCUCCUCUUAAUGAGGGUGAAAGUCUUGUCAGCAGAAUUCUGCAGCUGGGUCCACCCGGCACCAAAUUCCUCGGGCCUGUGAUAGUGGAGAUCCCCCACUUUGCUGCGUUGCGUGGGACAGAGAGGGAGUUGGUGAUUCUGCGCAGUGAGACUGGAGAGAGCUGGAGAGAACAUCACUGUGAGCAUACAGAAGAAGAGCUGAAUCAGAUACUCAAUGGCAUGGACGAGGAAUUGGACACUCCUGAGGAGCUGGAGAAAAAGCGAAUCUGCCGCAUCAUUACAAGGGAUUUCCCACAAUACUUUGCAGUGGUGUCCCGCAUUAAGCAGGACAGUCAUCUGAUCGGUCCAGAGGGCGUGUUAAGCAGCACACUUGUUCCACAGGUCCAGGCUGUGUUCCCAGAGGGAGCAUUGACUAAACGGAUACGCGUCGGGCUACAGGCCCAGCCCAUCACUGAGAAUCUGGUGAGGAAGAUCCUGGGUAAUAAGGCUACAUUCAGCCCAAUUGUUACUUUGGAGCCCAGAAGACGCAAGUUUCACAAGCCCAUCACCAUGACUAUUCCUGUCCCUAAAAGCCCAACCAAUGAUGGGACAAACAGUACACCCACUCUACGACUAUUAUGUAGCAUUACUGGUGGGACGACUCCAGCACAAUGGGAGGACAUAACUGGAUCCACACCGCUAACAUUCAUCAACCAGUGUGUUUCAUUUACCACUAAUGUGUCAGCAAGGUUCUGGCUUAUAGAUUGCCGUCAGAUCCAGGAGUCUGUGAACUUCUCCAGUCAGCUGUAUCGUGAGAUCAUCUGUGUUCCCUAUAUGGCCAAGUUUGUCAUCUUCGCCAAGACAUUGGACCCUAUAGAAGCACGACUCCGCUGCUUCUGUAUGACGGAUGAUAAGAUGGAUAAAACUCUGGAGCAGCAGGAGAACUUCACUGAAGUGGCUCGUAGUCGAGAUGUUGAGGUCCUAGAGGGAAAGCCGAUCUUUGCAGACUGCUUUGGAAAUUUGGUCCCACUGACCAAAAGUGGACAGCACCAUGUGUUCAGCUUCUAUGCCUUUAAGGAAAACCGUCUUUCUCUCUUUAUCAAAAUACGUGACAGCACUCAAGAACCAUGUGGCAGGUUGUCUUUUACAAAAGAACCAAGAACAUAUCGCAGUCUAAACCACAAUGCAAUAUGCAACCUGAACAUCUGCCUACCUGUUUACUCAAAGGAAUCUGAUUCUGACCAAGAUGCAGAUGAGGAGAGUGAGAAGACACAUGAGCAAUUGGACUGGCAUGAUGAUGCAGAUAGGAAAGAAGAGACUUUGGCCAUCAUUGCUGACCUUCUAGGUUUUAGUUGGACAGAGCUGGCCAAAGAGUUGGAGUUUAACGAAGAUGAGAUUCAGCAAGUGCGUGCUGAAAACCCAAAUUCACUACAAGAGCAGAGUCAUGCUCUUUUACAGCGCUGGGUAGAGAGAGAAGGAAAGCAUGCAACUGAAGAUACAUUGAUUAAAAGACUCACUAAAAUAAAUCGCAUGGACAUCGUCCAUCUUAUUGAGAUCCAAAUGCACAAGUCGGUUCAGGAGCAAACUUCAAGAACAUAUGCAGAGAUUGAAAAGACCCUGGACCACAGUGAAGCUCUCUCCUCAGUCCAAGAGGAUGGUGACAGCCUUCGGGUGGUGCGGAGAGUGGAGACUUCACAAAGGCAUCCUCCAGCUGUGUCAGAAGAAGACUUAUCUGUGGCCUCUCUCCUUGACAUUCCAUCGUGGGCUGAAACAAUGGGAAACACCCAUUCAGAGAGCAUUCAUGGGGAUAUGAUCGAAGAAUUGGAGAUCAACCAGGACAGCUUCACCAAUCCAUGGCUGUUUCAAGAGGCCAAAAAAGAAUCUACAAAGGAAGAUGCAGAUGAAGAAGUUUCUGCAGAAUCUGAGGAGGAAAUUCAAGCUCAGUGUGACUUUUCAGACCAUGAAAAUGCUUGCCUCUCUUCAUCACCAAUCAUUUUGAACAGUCAGUCAGAAUUCCAACAACAGUCAACGAAGGCUUCUCAGAAUGCCUUUGAUUUCAGUCAGGUAUCUAUUGUGAGAUUUUCGUCAAGUGAAAAUUCAGUUUUGUCAACAGUUGACUCUGAACACACUGUACCCGACCUACUGCAACACACUUCACCAGACAGUCAAGAAGAAACAACUCAACUCCAAGAGCAAAAUUAUCAAGAUGAAGGUUCUGUGUGUCUUGAUCAAGUGUCACCUGUAUAUGAAAAAAGUGAUUUAGAAGGCAAUGAAAAAUCAGUAGAGGCGCAUCACUUUGAAUCUGAUGAAAUUUCAGACACCAUGGAGUCUUCUUCAUGUCAUGAAAGCAAAUCAUCUGAAGUUGAUAUAUCGGUUCCUGAGAGCAAUCAAAUAGUAGGCGAAAAUAUCAGUCCUUCAUUUUCCCCUCCUGCUCUUGAAAGGGAGGCUGAUGAAGCUGUCUCACACAGUGUUGAAGUGAAUCCGGGGGUUUCAAGAGUGACUCCAGACCUCAUUAAGGGCUCUCCAGAAUCAGGUCAGGUCUUUCUUACCCCAGAAAUGCUUAGUGAUUUGGAUCCAGUGCCAUCAUCGCAAAGCCAUAGAGUAGAAGAGCAAAAUUUUGUUGAAUCGUCUCUUACAGUUGACUCUGCAUCACUGCAGUCAUCUACCCAUCACGAGGUCACAAUUUUAAAUCAAGAACAAUAUAAUACCAACAGCUCCCCACAGCAUCCUUCAGUGCCUGAAUUUGAUCCUAGGAUAGAACAACAAUCUGAUUCCCAUGAACAACAUCUGCAACUAUUAGAGUCUCCAGAGCAAAAGCCUGAAACCUUAGGAGACCAUUGUGGUGAUCAGGACGAUGAAUAUAGUCCUGAGGAGGGAAAAGUAUGUACACAACUGGAUUUAACUAUUGAACCUCUUAUAGAUGACAGUCAUGAAUUUAAGAAAGAACUGUUGUCCCAAUCGGAGACUGACUCGGACAUGUGGAUUCAAAGUGAAACUCCACAGCUGAGUGAAACUUCACCUUUCUGUAAUUCUGACCUCAGCCCACAAACACCAGAAACAGUCAUAACUUGUAAACAUUUUGACUUUAUGGAGAAGUCUUCUGAACUUGGAUCAGCAUCUAUUAAGAAACCUCUUUCACAGGAGGCUGUGGUAUCCAAAGGUUUAAGACGACUGCAAUCUGAAUCAAUAAUCUCUAAUGCAACCCAACAGUCAGAAGAAAAACAUAUUGACCGGUGUCUCUCAGAGUCCUCCGAACCUUUGAUGCUCACUCUGAACAUGAAUCCAGCACUUAAGGAACCUGUUUCCCAGGAGGCAGUACUAGCUCCGCCACUCUCUCAGGAUGGCAGAUGCAAGACCUUAACUUCCAAAGGUUCCAGACGCCUGCUGUCAGACUCAGUUAUGUCUGGUACAACAUCCCAAAAAUCAGACGAAAAACACUCUGUCCGUUUUCUUUCUGACUCUUCUGAACCCUUGGUUUUCAGCAUGAAUUCAGUGCUUGAGGAACUUAAGAAAACAGUUCAACCACAACAACCAUUGUCUGAUCAACCACUCAGCUCCGAGAUGACUGUUUCAUUAAUUCUUGGUGUAUCCCAAGACACAUUCACAGGGAAUCUGCAAUCAAUGGUUGAAAACGCAUCAAUUCAGUCACCUAAAUCUCAAAUUGAUCUGAGUGAAAAUGUGAAAUUAGAAGUCACUGAUGUGCCAAAACCUGGCAAAGUUGAAAAGCCAAAACACAAAGAUUUACUAAGCAUUAAUCAACAUGAUGAGUCUGAUCCUGAGACUUUUUUUGACUGCAAACAAACUAUCUCAGACUAUUCUGAAGCAGAAGACGAACCUUGGAAAGGUGCCAUGGCGCUGAGUAAUAAAGUUUUAGGGUCUACUGUUCAUGAAUUACAACAACAACCAAAUGUCAGAAGUCCCUCAGGAUAUAAGUCAUCCCAUGAGAGCCCUCGUUGGUCAAUCAGGUCAUCAGACAGUGAAGAUUUCGAGGAUUCUGCCAUUUUCCAUGAACCUAAUGAUGAUACAGAGGAGAAAGAUGUUUACUUUCCAUGUCAGCAGAAAUGUUUGGAAUCAUCUGCACAAACUCCUCAGGAGCUUCCUCCUCGAGGAGGGGCUGAGUAUAAUGAUGAUGAUCUGAGGAGGGAGAUUGAUGAGACAUUAGGUGUGCUGUCGGAUAGCUCUGAUGAGGAUGUGGUGACCACCAGAGUGGUACGGAGGACAAUAAUUAUUCAGGGUGAUGAUGUUCCAGAUGUUCCUCCACAGUCUGUAACAGAAGAGCAGUACACAGAUGCACAGGGAAACUUGGUUGUGAAGAAGGUGACCAGGAAGGUCAUUCGACGAUGUGUGUCAUCUGAUGGGGUGGAGACAGAGCAGGUGAGGAUGGAGGGCUCCCCCCAGCAGCCUGUCAAUGUGGCACUGGGGGACGGAUACUCAAAAGUAAUAAAAAGGACAGUACUGAAGAGCGAAGGACAUCAGACAGAGGUGACUUUCCAUGAGCAAGAUGGCAUGUCAUCUUCAAAGGGUGAAUCUGCUCUAGGCCAAGAGGUCAGACAGGUGGUCCAGAUGACGAUGCUACAUGGAGAACAGCUGGAAAAGCAUGAGGGGGAUCCUUAUCUUGCCUCAGACCUGCCCUCAGCCCAGGAGGACUUCACCCAGGCUCUAAGCUACUUUGGAGGUUUUAGGAAGGUGCAGAUCUCUGGAGUGGUAGAGCAGGAAAUACUGCAGCCUGAUGGAUCUGUGAUCAGGAGGGCGAGGAUGCAGAAGUCUAGGACCCACAGGAGGUCAGUAGUGAGGGAUGCUGGGGGACAGAAGCGGGUGUGCGUGGAGCAGAUAGACGAUCGGUCUGAGCCCCAUGACAACUAACAGCAUCACCUCCAUCACCUCAUUCACCACUACUGUGCCCAAAACGACUGAGAGGAAGAGAGAGAGGAAGCCGAAGAGAAGUCCGAGUGAUGGUUUUCCCCUUCAUUUUCCUCUCCCUAUCUCCAUCGCUCCUCUCUUUGAGCCUGUCUGCUCUCCUAACCACUCCUAUGCACCAUGCUCAUGCAAUCCCAGAGUGCACUUCACUCCUGCCACUUCCAGUCUUCCUGUCCAGUCAAACUGGAUCUUUGCCCAAUUUAAGUCAACAGACAAUAUUUUCUCUCUCCUUAUUUUCCCCAGUUUACCACAAGUGUUUAUCUUUUUCUGUCCUUCAUUGUGACCAAAUAGUGUUCUUUCCUUUCCUUUGCUUUUUAAAUCCCUCAGUUAUAACACCUAUGAACACACCCACAAAAAUCACAAUAACCAAAAACGUUUUAUCAAAAGAGAGGAAAAAAAGUCCUGGUUGUUCAUACUCAGAACAUUUAAGCUUGAACUAACAGAACCUGUACUGCACUGCCUACCACAACUAUUGAAUAUCGUUGCAUUAUAUCACCACAUCAUGAACAUGCUAUUUUGAUCUCAACGGUUGAGAUGUCUGAAAACUUCUUGCCUUCUUUAUCAGCUGUUGGGGUAUCGUGUGUCUGUGUAUUCUAUCCAUGGAGAGUAUAUAUAAUAUGCAUUUUUAAAAUGACAGUAGAUCACAUUAGCCACCUGUAAGGAUAUUAGCAGGCAUGCUUAGCUAGCAGCAGUCACUUAUUAAUAACAGACUCUUUCUGUGGUUAGACGACUGUCAUUUUUCUGUCUUUUUCGUCUCACUUCUCUCUUUGUGUCUGUGAUCUGUAGCAAUUCUAGUCGUCAUCAUCAUCACAUUUCAGUGCAGCUUUUUGUUGUAAUAGAACACAUUAACAUGCGCUUUAUGGUUUUAAGCUCACUUUAGCAAGCGUGUCAAGAGGGACUCAGGAAGCAAAGGUGGAAUCAAAUUCAAGUAAUCAGUUACACAUAUUCUAUUCUAUUUUUAUCUUUCGAUCUGAAUUCAUUAAUUUCUUUACGUAUGUGUUUUUGAGUGAGUGUGUGUGUGUGAAA